AUGGCCGUCUCACCUGGUCCUAACCAUGAAGCACUGACCUGUCGGAUGGCCGUCUCACCUGGUCCUAACCUCAAAGCACUGACCUGUCGGAUGGCCGCCUCACCUGGUCCUAACAAUGAAGCACUAACCUGUCUGAUGGCCGUCUCACCUGGUCCUAACCAUGAAGCACUGACCAGUCGGAUGGCCGUCUCACCUGGUCCUAACCAUGAAGCACUGACCUGUCUGAUGGCCGUCUCACCUGGUCCUAACCAUGAAGCACUGACCUGUCUGAUGGCCGUCUCACCUGGUCCUAACCAUGAAGCACUGACCUGUCGGAUGGCCGUCUCACCUGGUCCUAACCAUGAAGCACUGACCUGUCUGAUGGCCGUCUCACCUGGUCCUAACCAUGAAGGCCUCUCACCUGAUCCUAACAUACUGGCCUCUCACCUGGUCCUAACCACGAAGCACUGA